AUAGGGGCGGAGGUCCUGAACCCGGUCUCGAGUCGAGCGGGGGGCCAUGGAGAAAGCGGCCCGAGGCGCUCUCCACACCGACUAAAGCGGGCCCGUUGCGGCUGCAGGCGCCAUGGACCGAGCCCCCGCUGACCAGAAUGUCAAGCUGUCAGCUGAGGUAGAGCCAUUUAUUCCUCAGAAGAAAAAUCCUGAUACAUUUGUGAUCCCUAUGGCACUUCCAAAUGAUAAUGGAAAUGUUUCUGGUGUAGAACCAACUCCAAUUCCAAGCUACCUGAUUACUUGUUAUCCAUUUGUGCAGGAAAACCAGUCCAAUAGACAGUUUCCAUUGUAUAACAAUGAUAUGCGAUGGCAACAGCCCAAUCCAAAUCCUGCUGGACCAUACCUUGCCUACCCCAUUAUAUCAGCUCAGCCACCUGUUUCUACAGAGUAUACAUAUUAUCAGCUGAUGCCAGCACCAUGUGCCCAAGUUAUGGGAUUCUAUCAUCCUUUUCCUACACCUUACUCCAACACCUUUCAGGCUGCAAAUACUGUAAAUACCAUAACCACAGAAUGCCCUGAGCGUCCAAAUCAGCUUGGACAAGUCUUCCCAUUGUCCAGUCAUCGAAGCAGAAAUGGUAACAGAGGACCAGUUGUACCAAAACAACAGCUUUUACAACAGCACAUAAAAAGCAAAAGGCCACUGGUGAAAAACGUAGCUACUCAGAAAGAGACAAAUGCAGCAGGUCCUGAUAAUCGAUCAAAAAUUGUGCUUCUGGUAGAUGCUUCACAGCAAACUGAUUUCCCGUCAGAUAUUGCUAACAAAUCUCUCUCGGAGAGCUCUGCCACAAUGCUCUGGAAGUCCAAAGGCAGGAGGAGAAGAGCAUCCCAUCCCACUGCCGAAUCCUCUAGUGAGCAGGGGGCUAGUGAAGCCGACAUUGACAGUGAUAGUGGCUACUGCAGUCCCAAACACAGUAACAACCAGCCUGCUGCAGGGGCUUUGAGAAAUCCGGAGUCUAGCACCAUGAAUCAUGCGGAAUCAUCUAUAUGUACAGGUGGUGUAAAUUGGUCGAAUGUAACUUGCCAGGCAACUCAGAAAAAACCUUGGAUGGAAAAAAAUCAGACAUUUUCUAGAGGUGGAAGGCAGACUGAACAAAGAAAUAAUUCACAGGUUGGAUUCAGAUGCCGAGGACAUAGUACUUCCUCAGAAAGAAGACAGAAUUUGCAAAAGAGACAAGAUAAUAAGCAGUUAAACACCAGUCAAUCUCAUAGAGGCGACUCAAAUUCUGAGUCUUUAUAUUUUGAGGAUGAAGAUGGAUUUCGAGAGCUAAACGAGAAUGGAAAUGCUAAAGACGAUACUAUUCAACAGAAACUUUCUUCAAAAGUAUUGGAUGAUUUACCUGAAAACUCACCAAUCAAUAUAGUGCAGACUCCAAUUCCCAUUACAACUUCCGUUCCUAAACGUGCAAAAAGCCAGAAGAAGAAAGCUUUAGCAGCAGCCCUUGCCACGGCUCAAGAAUAUUCAGAAAUAAGUAUGGAGCAAAAAAAACUACAGGAAGCUUUAUCAAAGGCAGCUGGAAAAAAGAAUAAAACACCUGUGCAGCUAGAUUUGGGGGACAUGUUAGCAGCUCUGGAAAAACAACAACAAGCGAUGAAAGCACGGCAGAUUACUAAUACCAGACCUCUGUCAUAUACAGUGGUCACUGCAGCUUCUUUUCACACUAAAGACUCUACUAACAGAAAACCCUUAACCAAAAGUCAGCCAUGUUUGACAUCCUUUAAUUCUUUGGACAUUACUUCCUCUAAAGCAAAGAAAGGAAAAGAAAAGGAAAUUGCUAAACUAAAACGACCCACAGCACUUAAAAAGGUUAUUUUGAAAGAAAGAGAGGAAAAGAAGGGCCGUUUAACUGUGGACCACAACCUUUUGGGAUCUGCGGAACCAAUAGAAAUGCAUUUAGAUUUUAUUGAUGAUUUGCCACAGGAGAUUGUUUCCCAGGAAGAUACUGGACUGAGCAUGCCCAGUGAUACUUCGCUCUCUCCAGCAAGUCAGAAUUCUCCAUACUGUAUGACACCUGUGUCACAAGGCUCUCCGGCUAGUUCUGGGAUAGGCAGUCCGAUGGCAUCUUCUACAAUAACCAAAAUCCACAGCAAAAGAUUUAGAGAGUACUGCAAUCAGGUUCUUUGUAAAGAGAUUGAUGAAUGUGUGACUCUUCUUCUUCAAGAGCUUGUCAGUUUUCAGGAACGCAUCUACCAAAAAGAUCCUGUAAGAGCAAAAGCAAGGAGACGGCUGGUUAUGGGUCUAAGGGAGGUUACUAAGCAUAUGAAGUUAAAUAAGAUCAAGUGUGUUAUAAUUUCUCCAAACUGUGAAAAAAUCCAGUCAAAAGGUGGACUGGAUGAGGCUCUCUAUAAUGUUAUAGCCAUGGCACGGGAACAAGAAAUUCCUUUUGUGUUUGCGCUUGGAAGAAAAGCUCUAGGACGCUGUGUGAACAAGCUGGUUCCUGUUAGUGUAGUGGGAAUCUUCAACUACUUUGGUGCUGAGAGCCUGUUUAAUAAGUUAGUGGAACUUACUGAGGAAGCCAGGAAAGCAUACAAAGAUAUGGUUGCCGCAAUGGAACAAGAGCAAGCUGAGGAGGCCUUAAAGAAUGUGAAGAAGGUGCCACACCACAUGGGGCACUCUCGGAACCCCUCUGCAGCCAGCGCCAUUUCUUUCUGCAGUGUUAUUUCUGAACCCAUCUCUGAAGUAAAUGAAAAGGAAUAUGAAACAAAUUGGAGAAACAUGGUGGAAACGUCAGAUGGACUAGAAACAUCAGAAAAUGAGAGAGAGGUUUCCUCUAAGCAUAGCACAUCCGAAAAACCCAGUAAACUUCAGUUUGACACAGCCCCUGUGGGUAAGCAGCUGUCAUCACUGGCUGCAGGUGGUACUACCUCAGCUACAAACCCUGGGAAACCAACAGUGAGUGAUAAAGAGGAAGCGAAGCCAGAUGACCUGGAGUGGGCCUCCCAGCAGAGUACAGAGACCGGUUCUUUGGAUGGCAGUUGCCGAGAUCUUUUGAAUUCCUCCAUCACCAGCACCACCAGCACCCUUGUACCUGGCAUGCUCGAAGAAGAGGAUGAUGAAGAGGAGGAGGAGGAGGAGGAUUAUACUCAUGAACCCAUAUCUGUAGAAGUACAGCUCAAUAGUAGAAUUGAGUCUUGGGUCUCUGAGACCCAGAGAACAAUGGAGACUCUUCAGCUUGGAAAAACCCUUAAUGGUUCUGAGGAAGACAAUGCAGAGCAAAGUGGAGAAGAGGAGGCAGAGGCGCCUGAAGUGCCGGAACCAGGGAUAGAUGGUGAGGCCUGGACUACUGACCACCAGGCAGGUCAGGAGCAGCAGAAGAAGCCCAGCAGCUGCAGCUCACGGAACAACGAGCCCUCUGAUCUUAAUUAUACGCCCCCAAGUCUAUAACUCAGGAAAUGUCAGCUGUCUGUCUCCAACUGUGUAAGGGUUGCAGCCAUUAUCUUUUAUGCUUCAUCUCAACAUUUUGCACUGUCCGGUAUUUAAUAUAUGUAUUUAAUUUCUGACAAAUAUUUUUGUAGCUGUCUUUUACUUGUUUUAUUAUAAUCUGUAGCUUAGCUUUUAAUUAGCAUCUAAGAGUCUUUCUAAGAGCUGUGUGGAAAUUCAGAAUUGUUAGAGCUUAUUUUGUUAUGGAAAAUAAUGAUUAAAAAUAGAAGACAACUAGGUUUUAAAAAAGAAAGUAAAUUUGAAAUGCCUCUUUAGAGUCAUUUUGAAAGUUAAAGAUCCAGAUUCUAAGGCUAAGAGCAGUUACCAGUGUUUGCUUCAGGACUGCCUCCUUCACU